CUCUCCCCAGGACUCUCCAGGAUACGAAGAGAAGCCUCCAACCCCCAGCGGAGGCGCUCAACCUGUCUGCGGCUCAGCUGUGGACAGAGACCCCCACGGAGGAGAGCAACGCCCGAGCCCCCCAUCCUGACCGCAGGACCAACGGGCCCCCCUCCAAGCACCCAGGGAGGGAUGACAGAGGGAGGCCCAUGGUCCAGUGCCAGCCAGGCUCCAGAUGGCACCCAGGCCCUCCCUGCCACAAAGAAGGAGCUCCACACCACCAGCUGGCAGCCAGAAGCAGACCCCCACCAGCCUUCAAGUGCCCCCCAGGAGGCCUCCAUCAACCAGACAGAGCUCAGCACCCGUUCAGCCACCCAGAUCAAGACAACCCGGUCAGAAACAUCCUCUUCAGCUGCCACAAGAGAGCCAUUGCCAAGAGGAACAAGCAGGUCACCCUUCGAGGGGACAGGAGGCCCAGACCCCAGACCCUCCACCAUCAGUCCUCAAGACCCCUCCCCUGAGGAGCAGACACAGGCCCUGGAGAAGGCACUGGACCAGCUCAGUGAGUCAGUGGCCGAGGGGUCCCUGGGGCCACCCCCGAGGGGAGAAGCCCAACAGCUGAAGGAACUGACCAGCUCCCCCUCUCUGCUGUCGGAAACAGCCCAGGCCUCUGCCAGCCGUGCCCUCCUGUCCCUGAGCACUCAGCUCCUGAGAAGCCGGCAGAAGGCCCCUGGCAGCAUUGGGGGCUCCUAUGAAUCUCUUUCCUUUGACCGUCCUGUGGGCAACGCCUGGCAAGACCUCUUUCAGACCCUGGGCAACCUCCUCCAGGCCAUGGAUCAGUCCAGCGGGGGACACAAAGAGGGGGAGGUGGUCCUGGAAGAGACACUGGCCUCCCUGCCCCUCAUCCAGAGUGGGCUCCUGAUUGGCCACCCUCCAAAAGGGACAACAAUGGUGGCCUCCCCAGCACUCAGCACUAGCCUCAGCAGGUGCCUCUUGGGGGGGAGGGGUCCGGGGAGGGGGACGCAAUGACACC